AUUUGUUUAUGUAGAAACCCGGGAAAUCUAUUAAUCAUCAGGAUUUGCUAUGUUCAAACAUCACUCAAUAUUUUGCUACUGUGUUUUCGUAUUACCGUCUUUCCAUUUCGCGUAACAACGAACGGUUAUCUCUAGGGGCCGCGGCUGGGGGCAAGAACAUAUUAAUUGAGCGCCAAAAAAUAUACUGCGGAUGGAUAUUGGCGUGCCGUCUCUGCACACCCUCCGGACGACGACUAGAGAGUCUCGCUCUGCUAAUUGGAUUUCGUUCCGGUCCGAUGGAAGCUUUGCGUCCCCACGAGUAGUGAGAAUGCGUUGAGGGAAGAGCUUGCAGGCUUUUGGUCCAAUCUCCCGCUACACGUGCUGUUGUUCAGUGCCGUAUCUCGACAAUGAGUCUCAGAACGAUCAGAAGAAGACGGGUUGCUGUAUUGUCUUGUUGCGAUCGAGGGCGUGGAGGUGCUCCCAGUUUUUUCCUCUGCCUCUGCAGCUCGUAAGUCGCAGCGGAAGAUGGCAGCGUAGGCGGAUGCAUAGUAGAUGAGGAGGUCGACGCGUGUGCUCACUUCUAAUAGCGUUUUGUGAAUUCAGAUUCACUAGGGCGAUUGCCAUAGUACUCGAGUUUGGUUGAAGAGCUUUUCACGGACGACGCAAGUUUCCGGCACUGGCGAAGCAGGCGGACGACUACUUACUUGCGCAAGAGAGACAACUCUUCGAAGACAGCGUUUAUUGAAAAUAGCGAUCACGAUAUUCCCUAGCGCUGAUUUUCAACAUCACUGUAACCACUCCGGGGUAAGGUCGUCGCUAGAACUACCACUCGGUUGGUCAAAUAGCGAUGUCUUCGCCAGAACGAAAUUGAUUUGGUGCGAAUCAGACGCAAGACUGCUGUAUCAUCAUUCGUACGCUUGACGACACAGACCGGUGCCUACCACACUAAGGCAGGAUGGCUCCACCGCCUCUGAAACCCAACCCAGUGGGGUGCGAUGGGUUCGAAAAGAACCCGUUUAAGGGCGAGUACUGUAAGAAGUGCGGCAAGUCCUUUCUCGAGCACGAGGGCGUCAUUGAGGAUGCAGGGCUUUCCGAGGCAACGCGCCUUUACGAGGCGCGCAUGCGGAAAGAGGAGGAAAGUAAUUUUGUUUUUGUUAUUUCCAUGUGAUGUAGAUUCUGAUUUCUGAUGAGAAAACAAGGUUUCGUAAGUUAGUCCCUUAAGUGAUGACGGGUUCGUCCCUUAACGGUUUCCGCCCUUAACGGUUUCCGCCCUUAACGGUUUCCGCCCUUAACGGUUUCACCCCCUAACGGUUUCGGCCCCUAACGGUUUCGGCCCUUAACGGUUUCGGCCCUUAACGGUUUCAGCCCCUGACGGUUUCGGCCCUUAACGGUUUCGGCCCUUAACGGUUUCGGCCCUUAACGGUUUCGGCCCUUAGCGGUUUCGGCCCUUAGCGGCUUCGGCCCGUAACGGUUUCGGCCCUUGGCGGUUUCGGCCCUUGACGGUUGCGGCCCCCAGUUGCGGCAGCUGAGUUUUCCUGCCCAUAGGCGUUUCGGCCCUCAAGGGCUUCGCCUUUCCAGUGCCCUGGCCCCAUAAGUGCUCUGGCCCCUUAAGUGCCCUGGCCCCAUAAGUGCUCUGGCGCCUUGAGUGCCCUGGCCCCAUAAGUGCUCUGGCUCCUUAAGAGCCCUGGCCCCUUAAGUGCUCUGGCCCCUCAAGUGCUUCGCCCCUCAAGUGCUCCGGCCCCCUAAGUGCUUCGGCUCCUGAAGUGCUUCGGCUCCUGAAGUGCUUCGGCCCUCAAGUGUUUCGCCCCUCAAGUGCUCUGGCCCCUCAAGUGCUCUGGCCCCUCAAGUGCUCUGGCCCCUUAAGCGCUGCGGCCCCCUAAUUGUUUCGGCCCUUGGGUGCUUCGCUCCUCAAGUACUCCGGCCCCUUGAGUGCUUCGGCCCCUAAAGUGCUUCGGCCCCGUAAGUGUUUCGCCCCCUGUGCCACGUACUCGGACACACCGCCACGCACCUCCGGAGAGCCGCUUUCUGUAGCAGGGCUUAGAAGGUUCACCAAAUUGCGUUGACGCGCCAUCGCCAUCGCGGUUCUGACCCUUCAGAAAAAUCCGCGAAAGCGACGCUGGAACAAAAAAAGAGCUUCGAAGCCCGGCUGGAGAAGAUGAAAGAGGAGAAGGCAAAGGAGCAAGAGGACGAUUGGUUUUUCGAAGAGACUCAGACGGCAAAGCCCUCCACGUUGCUGGCCAGUAUGGGCAGCAACGUUUCGACUGGGAGUCCCGAUGACUUCAAAAUGAUCAGUGCCGAGGAGCUGAAAAAAGCUAAUGAAGCUCAGAAAGCUGCUCAAGCAAAGCCUGUGCAGAUAAAGAACCUUAUCGAUUUCGACGAGGCAGAGGAGGAGGCAAAGGUUUUUUUUCUCGGUUCAUUUAUACAUUGUCUGCACAAGCAGUUCAACAACUCAAUGCUGGUGUAUUGUUCAGUGUUCCACAUGUAACCCCUAUUUAGCAACACGUUAAAUAUUUGCGUGGUUCGAAAUAUGGACCAUACAAAUACCUACCAAAAUAUAUGCACAGGAGCACCUUGCGGCAUCAAGAUCUUUACCUUCUCUGCAUGGUGGUUCCCCCGCCCGCGAGAAGUCUUCCCCAAGUUCUCCGGCUGUGCCGCAGUCUCACACAUUGCCCGCCCAAAGCGCAGCACCGUCCAAGGAGAAAUUCGAUAUCUCGAAGGAUUUUGGAGCACGUCCUGGCGGCGGAGGAGAGACGGUGGAUGAAUUGAAGGCCGAACUACAAAUGUUGCAGGAAGAACGCAGCAUCCAAAUUGCUAUCCUGAAAGACGAAUACGAGGCGACAAUAGUAAUCUUUAUUGCAGCAUAAUCUUUCUCGUUUGUUUAUGUUCAGUGCUCCUUACGACUACGAGUUAUCGUGUAUCAUUCACCAAAUGAUCAAUUUUUUCUGCCAAUGAGCAAUGUCAUCACAGACUCCGACAGAAAUUAUCUCGGUGAUUGAAGAUUUAUUUUUCUCGAGUCUUUCAGAAUCAGACGUAACAAUAUUGAUCUUCUUUAUCCUCGUGAAAGGACUCGCUGAGGCAGAAACUGCAAGUAGGAGGGUCGAUGCCGUCAAAACCGAGUCGGGAACAAGACCUAGAAGCAGAGCUGGAGGCAAAGGCACAGGCAGCAACCGUCGCCCAAACGCGCGUGACAGAAUUGACACAAGAGCUUGCGACCUUACGCGAACAACAGGAGAAAGGAACAUUAUGGCAUUCGUUGUUGAAGGCGUGUUGAUGUAAAUCAAAGAAAGUAUCUAUACAACAGGUGGUUGUGGCGGGGAUGAUCAUUUUAAGAUAGUCUGUUGUUUGGUUCAAAAAAUUUCGUAAGCACGAGAGGAUUGCAUUAGCUUCACUUCCCCUUGGACAUGACUGCACCAUCUGGACAUGAAGUACGUGAAUGUCUGUUCUUCUAAACAAGAGUGAGUCUGAAAGUGUGGCGACCACACUGCAGGUGCAAAUUACGGAGCUUAGUGGAGAGCGAGAUGCCUUGCGUGCCGAGACCGAGAAAUUACGUUCCGAAGCGCUAGCUGCCGCAGAAGGCGCGAAGGAAGCGCGCGCUUCGACCUCCAAGGCCGAGGCAGAUGUACUGGCGCUUAGGAGCGAGCUCCGAGAGCAAAAAGAAAAGGUAGACUCGGCCGAGCGGGAAGCUCGCAACAGCGUACAAGAGAAAGACACAGCAGCUCAAGACCUACGGAAUAAAAUUCAGAGUCUUGAGGCUCAAAUAGCUGCUGGUCGAGCGGAAGAACAGUCUCAGCUUGCGGAAAUGCAGAAACGAGUGCUCGACACAGAAAAGCAACUAGCGGAAGCCGAGAAAGUAAGUCAUUAGACCCUUCUUGUGGUAAAACAAAAUCGAAGACCAUUGACGAGACCACGAGCAAAAGGAAAAAUUUCUCUCUUAGCAGCAUGUAAUCAAAACUCUGAUCAGUGUUGACCAUUAGCCACAACCACUCAUGUUGAUGUUGCAUUCUUCUAUCUUUGAUUUUCUCCACUUUUUUCUUCCUGCAGGCUCGCGACGCAAAUCUGCAUGAGGCGGACGGGGUUCGAGACGAUUUCGCGCAGUACAAGGGAGAAGAGCAGAAGCGGAUGGACGCGUAUGGUGAGAAGGUGCGCGCAGAAAACGAGGUUGCAGUUACUGAGCUUCAGGCUGCGCACGAAGCAGCUGCAAAAAGCCAAGAGCAGCGGCACGUGGCCGAAAGAACGAGCAUGCGCGAGGAUCACUUGCGAGAAUUAGAAGAAAAAGCUGCCCAAAUGAAACAGGAUGCGGAUGGUAGAGUCAAUGUGCUUUCAGUGUUGAAGUUUGAUGGACGUGUUCGUAUAAUUUGAGGGCGAAUUAAGAUACAGAUUUGUGCAUUCCACCUAUUGCACUGUCGCAGAUGAUCAUUUGUGUUUCCACUGAACACGACACCCACUGUCGCCAUUUUCACAAUACUACCUUCAACAGCCCAAUCUGCCGCUCUCGCGGAGGAGAAGGAUGCUGUCAUAAACGAGUUGCGUGCCGACCUCUCGAAAGUGGAAGCCGAAGUAGUGGCACAAAAAGAGACAAUGGAGCGGAAGGACGCAGAAUUAGUAGAGCUUCCUGAUUUGAGGACGACAAUGGAUAAACAGAAGGAAAUCGCGGAGGAGCUGUUGAAACAAUUGACCGAUCAGAAAGAAGCGGCGAAAACGUUGGAAAGAGAAAAAGCUGAAGUCGAACAAAAGCUUGCCGCCAAGCAAACCGCGCUCGAUAUGCAAGGGGAGACUGUCCAGGUUAGCUCUAGUCGUGCCUCUGCUACUCACCUGUUUUCGCUAUUGAAGUAUAGUUUUUCAUGGUUCUGAGAAGUGAUGAAGUAAAACGAUGAUCCUUUCCUGCUGCUCCACACGCCACAACAUCUCUUCCCCACACGUCGUUCACAACGCAGGAUCUCCAGCAAAAGCUUCUAGCAGCUGAAGGAGCAUUGUCAAACAUGACCAAGGAACUCGAUCAACAAGAGCAUCAUCUAGAGGAAAUCCACGCGAGGGACAAAGAAAAACUAGGGAAAAAAGCCGCAGACUUGGAAGAGAAACUUCAUGCUCUUGUAACAGACGUUAUGGACGAUGACAACUGUCAUGAAUAUAAAAAUUGAGAGGAAAUACUUGGUCGAGCCUGCACCAUUGAUGCGGCCUUUUCAUCUUUAUUUUAUCUUAGUGCCUGUACACACACACUCCUCCAAAGAAAAUUCAAAAAUAAUUCAACCUCUUACGCUCUAAGCCAUCUUCGAAGCUGGGUGCGCAAAAUACUGCUUUCCAGCGCGAGGUGGACGAUUUAAAGGCGCAAUUAGACGCUGCCAACGCGGAGAAGAACCAUCUCGCCGAAGGCCAUGCCGCAGACAGAGCCCGCUUACAAGAGGAAGUCUUAGAAGCUACGGACAGGGCUGUAGAACUUUCGAAAGGUCUGGCACCAGAGACUCUCAAGGCCCAGGAAGCGUUGAAAAAAGCGGAGCAAGAGGUGGUGGAUUUGAGAGCGCAAGUGAGCCGACUGCACUCUCAAGACGCGGCAUUCAAGGAAGCGAAGAUGCAAAACGAUAUGCUGCUUCAGGCACGCAGUGUGGGAGGAGACCUCGGAAAAGAAGUUGUUGAUUAUGGACUUCGAUUUUGUUUUAUAUUUUCAGGAAUCGACUCUUCCAGAAGGUGACUCAUGUCGCAUGACAAAGAAAAGCUCCUGUUUCGGAGCAGGCCCUGAAUUGCGAUUCCUCGAGCGAAGUAUUUUUAGACCAUUGUUCUAAGAGUCCCGCUAUUUGGGUGAGCAGAGGACGAUCUAUACGAAAAUGCUAGAGCAGAAGGACGCGAUUAUUGCGAAGUAUCAGGCGCGUGCACAAACCGGUUCCGCAAGCCCUCUUGCAACGCGCAAUCGUCCACCAAACGAAUUGCUCAAUGGCGCAGACAUUUCUCCAGAGGACUCCAAGUCGGGAAGCAAGCGGCGCGCCGACAUGCAGCCACCCUCAGUUGUAUCCGUGCCGCCCGGCGGAGCGGAGGAGAGCAAAGGGGAAACGAAAGAAGGCAGUGAUCCUCUAGGGGGAUCGAAAAGUGCAUCCGGAGAGGGAGGCGCAUCGGACAAGGAGAUGGCGGCGCUGCGAUCCGAGAUCAUACGACUGCGCGACCAAAUGGCGAGACAGAGAAUAGAACAGAAAAAACUAGUGGAGGAAGCGGGAAGGAAAGCCGCGCAGCAAGCGGCAAAAGCCUUCCGCGACGUUCGUCUGAACGCAGAAAAGCAGUUUGGAUGGCUCUUUGCGAGGGUGCCCGGGGAAGUCAAUUCCUAGCUGUUUAAGGAUACAUCAUACGGAUUCCGAUUUCUGAUUUCAAAGAGACCUAAACAAGGUUGUGUGAACGUGACAGAAUUAAUUCUCAUUGCUACUUGCUUCUCAAGAUAACUUCGUGAAAAAACGAAAAUAUACUGAACUAUUUAGAAUGUUGCUGUUGCUGAAUGAUUUUUCAAACUCAAGAAAGCCGAACCUAAAAGAACUGAUUGUAUGCAUGAUGAUUUUAUGAUGUUGUACUUUUUUUGUUGUUUCCUGCCUAUGUAGCAACGAUUUUCGUGGUGCUGUUUAUUGAACAUAGUAUUCAGUUUUAGACGAGGAACUUCUUGUAAACACAUUUCAGCUGAUAGCAAGAAUAGAUGUCAAGCAAGCGCAAUUUGACGAUUUACAAUAUUCGCUACAAAGAGAUGGGCCUCAUCGUGUAAAAUUUCGUUGCUUCAGCUCUAGAAGUGGGUUUUGGAUGGGAGUGGCAUGGGGCAAAACAUACAUGCGCUCCUUUUUGAUGAGGAGUCUCAUGAAGAAACGCAAAGCGAGUGAGUGGAACGCACUAGAGAGGUGGCUGCAGUCAAAGCUACUCAGGCACGAUUCUUAGAACAUAAACAUUGUACUAGACAAUUGCAAUCAAUAUUGAGGUAGAAGAAGGUGUUCCGUGUUACACGCAAUCUGUGUCUUGCGAGGGCGCACA